AUGUCUCCUCAAGAACACAAUGAGCUUCGUCGUCAAGUCGAGGAACUCUUGGCUAAAGGUUAUUUACAUGAGAGCCUUAGCCCUUGUGCGGUGCCCGCUCUUCUCAUCCCCAAAAAGGACGGCACAUGGCGUAUGUGUGUCGGUAGCCGGGCUAUCAACAAGAUUACGGUGAGAUAUCGUUUUCCCAUUCCACGACUCGACGACCUCCUUGAUCAGAUUGGAUCAUCUACGAUUUUCACCAAGUUGGAUCUUAAAAGCGGCUACCAUCAAAUCCACAUUCGACCUGGCGAUGAAUGGAAAACCGCUUUCAAGACGCGUGAAGGAUUGUUUGAGUGGCUUGUUAUGCCCUUUGGCCUCUCCAAUGCCCCAAGUACGUAUAUGCAUGUGAUGAAUCAGGCUCUUCGACCGUUUAUUGGACGUUGUGGUUUGGUAUACUUUGACGAUAUACUCAUUUUCAGUUCGUCUCUCUCAGAUCACUUAACUCACUUACGUGAUGUUCUGCUUGUUUUACGUCGGGAGAAGCUUUUUGGAGCUAUACAGAAGUGUGCGUUUGGCGAAACUCAAGUCCUGUUUCCUGGUUAUAUUGUCUCAAAGAAUGGUCUCUCCAUUGAUCCGGCUAAAGUCGAAGCUAUUCGCUCAUGGCCCACACCUCGUACUGUGACCGAUGUUCGAAGUUUUCAUGGCCUCGCCUCGUUCUACCGUCGCUUCGUCCAUCAUUUUAGUAGCCUCAUGGCACCUCUUACUGAUUGUAUCAAGACUACUCAGUUUACGUGGACUCCCGCGGCCGAAGCAGCUUUUCAGACGAUUAAGACAAAGCUUACCACAGCUCCCGUUUUAAUCUUGCCGAAUUUUGACACUGCUUUUGAGUUGCAUUGUGAUGCGUCUAAAUCUGGUAUUGGUGCUGUGCUGAGUCAAGAAGGCAAACCCGUGGCCUUUUUUAGCGAGAAAAUAGCUGGUUCAAGAAGUCGCUAUAGCACAUACGACGUUGAAUUAUAUGCUGUGGGUCAAGCUAUUAAACAUUGGAGACACUACUUGUUUCAUCGAGAGUUUGUUCUUUACACCGACCAUGAUGCGCUCAAACAUAUGGGUUCUCAAGAUAAGGUAUCUUCUCGUCAUGCCUCUUGGUUUGCUUAUUUACAACAAUUUACUUUUGUUAUCAAGCAUAAAGCCGGCACUCUCAACAAAGUAGCUGAUGCCUUAAGUCGUCGUCACAACCUCUUGACUACAAUGCAUGCUUCUACGGUUGGUUUCUCUGUCCUCCCAGAUCUCUAUGCCACCGAUUCUUUUUUUGGGAAGAUUUGGAAUGAUGUUCAGUAUUGUAGCUUGCGUCUACAAGUGAUCCGUGCGUUUCAUAAUGAAGGCCAUAUUGGUAGAGACCGCACACUUCAGUUGGUCACGACCUCUUAUUAUUGGCCCACGGUGCGUCGAGAUGUUGAGCGUUUCAUCAUUCGUUGUGGAACUUGUCAAGCUUCCAAGGGUCACGCCACCAAUGCGGGAUUGUACUUGCCUUUGCCGAUUCCUUCCCAGCCAUGGACAGAUAUUAGCAUGGAUUUUUUCUUGGGUCUUCCACGAACACAAAGAGGUCAUGAUUCUAUUUUUGUUGUGGUUGAUCGUUUCUCGAAUAUGGUUCAUUUUGUUCCUUGCAAAAAGACCACUGAUGCGAUCCAAGUCGCUACUUUAUUCUUUCGCGAGAUCUAUAAACUUCAUGGUAUUCCUCUCUCCAUUGUUUCUGAUCGAGACUCACGCUUUUUGAGUCACUUCUGGCGUUCUUUGUGGCGUAUGUUGCGUACAAGCCUCGACAAGAGUUCCGCCUAUCACCCUCAGACGGAUGGGCAGACUGAAGUUACUAAUCGUGCUCUUGGUGAUCUUCUGCGUUGCUUGGUCGGAGAUAACAUUCGCUCGUGGGAUUCUGUUUUGGGCCAAGCCGAGUUUGCUCAUAAUCAUGCCGUUAACCGAAGCACUGGUUUUAGUCCCUUCCAUGUCAUUUAUGGGUAUGUUCCUCGUGGUCCUAUUGAUUUGAAUGUUGCACCGGACAGAACUCGUUCUCACGGUCGUGCAUGCGAUAUGAUUGAUGACUUUGCUGCUGUUCAUCAACAAGUUCGUACCAACAUUGAAGCUUCUACAGCCAAGUACAAAGCUGUUGUUGAUGCUCGCCGUCGUGACUUACAGUUUCAAGUGGGUGACAAGGUUUGGGCUGUCCUUACUAAAGACCGUUUUCCACCGAAUACGUAUAACAAGUUGAAAGCACGGAAGAUUGGUCCUCUCGAAGUUCUUGAGAAGAUAAAUAACAAUGCUUAUCGCCUCCGACUUCCUCCUCACAUGAACACGGCAGACGUUUUCAACGUCAAGUUGAACCACUCCAUGCUACAACACUUGGUGUCCCACUCCUUGAGCUCCUCUUCAGUUGAACCACCAUCACCAUUGGGGAUGAAGACGGCAUGUUUCUUACAGUACUCGAUCACUUUGGAGAGGAUAUCUCCUGUGAUGUUGGCGAGAGGAAUUCCGUUUUUAACGCAGUUGUCUUUGAUCAUAUGA